GAGAGGGAGAGGCAGUGAGACAGGCAAGCAGCACUCUCUGGCAAGCCUGCUCUGACUGCGUACAGUGGAUAGGGUGUCUCCACCUCCAGGCUUAACCACAAUCUACUGGAGACUACAGUACACACUCAUACCAGAGCUCUACCUUUUUAAACCUCUGUACUGUGGAUAAGGAGAUCAGAUGGUCAUGGUAAAGGAGCAAGUGGCACAUGCACAGGACACACACCACCCGGCAGAGAAGCCGGUGAUCGAUUGUCAUAAAUGUGGGGAGCCAUGCAAAGGGGAGGUGCUGCGAGUCCAGUCAAACCACUUCCAUAUCAAAUGCUUCACCUGCAAAGUCUGUGGCUGUGACCUUGCUCAGGGUGGGUUCUUUAUGAAGAACGGAGACUAUCUGUGCACUCUGGACUACCAGCAUUUGCAUGGGACCCGCUGUAACGGCUGUGGGGAUUUCGUAGAGGGAGAGGUGGUCACUGCUCUGGGAAAGACCUACCAUCCAACCUGCUUCGUUUGCACCAUUUGCAAACACCCAUUUCCAGCAGGAGAUCGAGUUACCUUUAACGGGAAAGACUGUCUCUGUCAGCGCUGUGUACAGCCGAUGUCUCCCAGUCCCAAAGAUAUCAGCAGCUCCAGCAAUUGUGCAGGCUGCGGUAGAGAUAUCAAGAAUGGCCAGGCUCUGCUGGCUCUCGAACGGCAGUGGCAUCUGGGCUGCUUCAAAUGCAAGGCAUGCGGGAAGGUCCUGACUGGAGAGUAUAUCAGCAAGGAUGACGCUCCCUACUGUGAAAAGGAUUUUCAGAUUCACUUUGGAGUGAAGUGUGAGGCCUGCCAUCAGUUCAUCACUGGGAAAGUCCUCGAGGCAGGAGACAAACACUAUCACCCCAGCUGUGCACGAUGCAGCAGGUGCAAUCAAAUGUUUACAGAAGGAGAGGAAAUGUACCUGCAAGGUUCAACUGUUUGGCAUCCAGAUUGUAAGAAUUCAAGCAGAGCUGAAGAAAAGCACAGGCCCACAAGAUCAUCCUCCGAAAGUAUUUCUUCCAGACCUGGUUCAAGUAUACCUGGCUCACCGGGCCACACCAUCUAUGCAAAAGUAGACAAUGAGAUCCUUGAUUAUAAGGACUUAGCUGCAAUCCCCAAAGUCAAGGCAAUUUAUGACAUUGAGCGCCCAGAUUUGAUUACCUAUGAACCCUUUUACUCAAUCACCGAGGAGAGCCAGGAAAGGCAGAGUCUGGGAGAGUCUCCAAGGACGCUGUCCCCUACACCAUCCGCAGAAGGUUACCAUGACAUGCGGGAGCGAAUGAUCCACAGAUCCACGAGUCAAGGAUCAAUCAGCUCUCCGAUCUACAGCCGUCACAACUACACACCCACCUUGCCCCGCUCCCCCCAGCACUUUCACAGACCUGGCAAUGAGCCGUCCAGCGGUCGGAAUUCCCCUCUCCCCUUACGGCCCGACAGCCGCCCUCUCACUCCGACUUACGCACCGAACCUUAAACAUUUCCAUCUUCCAGACCAAGGCAUCAACAUCUACCGAAAACCACCCAUCUACAAGCAACAUGAUGCAGCUGUCCAGAUCAAGUCUGCAGAGGAUAUCAUCAAGUCUGCCAAGUUCCCAGCAGCCUUCGCUCCCUCCCCUGAAGACACAGCAAAGAUUGAGACAGACCACUGGCCUUGCCCACCCUCACUCGCUGCCAUAGGACAUGACACGCGGCGGCGCUCGAGAGAGGAGGAGGAGGAAGAAAUGCAGAAGCGCAGGCAGAUUCAAGAAGAACAUCUCAGCAAGAUGCAGUCCGGUUUAGGGAAAUUGAUAUUAAAAGAAGAGAUGGAGAAGGAGAUGACUCAAGAACGAUACUCCCGAAGCAUCUCUGCUCAGCGCUACGACUCUCUGCAGACUGACUCGUACCAAAAGGCCUCCAUGACCGCCUCUCUCCCUGGCUAUGGACGGAACGGCCUGCACAGGCCACAGUCUACAGAUUUUUCUCAGUACAACAGCUACGGGGAUGUCUGUGGAGGUCUCAAAGAGUUCCAGCCCAUUCAAGAUGGACACGCACCUGUUUCAAGAAUGGACAGGGGAGUCUCUAUGCCAAAUAUGUUGGAACCAAAAGCAUAUCCAUAUGAAAUGCUCAUGGUAACCAACAGAGGGCGUGUUAAACUGCCGAGAGAUGUGGACAGAACAAGACUAGAGCGUCACUUGGCUGCAGACGUUUUCUUCGAUAUCUUCAAGAUGGAAAUCCAGGAAUUUGAUAGGUUACCUCUCUGGAAACGCAAUGCAAUGAAGAAAAAGGCAAAACUCUUCUGAAAGCAAACAGCGCAUGUUUUAUUUAUAAACACAAUGAAUAUACCACUAGAAUACUGUUAUAUACAUGUAGAGGGUUUUUUUGUGAACAACUUCAAAGAAACAAAACAAACCCAUGGUUCUGCCUGCGAUGAAGAAGAAGGAUGCCUUGCUUUAAGAGAGUAAUCUGUAGGUUAUGAGGGGUAAAGAAGAUCAUUUAUUCCAAAAAUAUUGACACAUUAAUUUUAUCUAUGUGUGUGUGUGUGUGUUUUUGCAAUGGCUUUGAAUGGAAAUUGCUUCCUUUGUAUUCUCAUUUCAUUGGCUGUCCUAAUAAUAAAAGUGCCCUUUAUUGGUAGAACCUCAAGACACUGAAUGCUAAGCCAAUUACUGCCACAAUUCAAACACUCUAUGGCUUUGACAUAACAGUUCAGGAAGUUUCAAAAGCAGAACAUAGAGAGAUCUGUAAACCAUAAAUAGAGGAACAGAGAAAACAGUGCCCAGUGUGAUGCAUGAAAUGAAACUUGCUUUGUUAUAACCGCCCACCUGCUUGUAGCUUGCUGUUCUGUGGCUGCUGAAUUUUACCGAGUGAGCACGACCGAAAUCCCUAGUCUGGCCGCUAGGGGUCAGCAUUGUUCAGGAACUUGUUAGGUGCUGAUGCAAAGCUGUUCAAGAGGCUUGUUUCAUACUGGGCAGCAUUGUACUUCCAGUCUCUGGCUGAUCCCAAUAAAACAAACAUGCCAAAUGUCACUUGCAAAGACUAAACAUUCAAGAACGUAUGCAGUCAUCCUCUUGUAUGUCGUCCUGAUGUAGGUUUCCAAUGGAUAGCAGAAGAAACAACCAAAAUACCAAAAUCCAUUUAAAUGGGUACAGGGACUGAGGAGGUUACAAAUGUGUAACAUACAUUUUAAUUUGCUCUUAUAUAUAUACACAUAUUUAAAUUAGAUGUAGAAGUAGAUAUUCAUCUAUCUAACUACAUAACAUGGAAAUUUAAUGGUUCAAUCAUAUAUGGGCUUAAUGGGCUUUUACUGCUGGAUGCUUCUGCUUGUUUUCCAGCAGGUUCUAUGGGACCAAUUGGCACUCUGGUUACUAUGGUGAUGUAAACCACACUCCUGGCCUAGUGACCAGUCACGCCCACAGCCUUCACUGUAGUUAUGAAUUUCAGACUGCGAAUUCCAACACUGGCCACAUAGUUUCUCUAUUCUAAAGUUUCUUUGACGGUUGUUUUUAUGUGGAGACAGUACAGUGACUAUAGUGGAAUAAUAUCCAUUUUAACCUCAUGUAAGCCAAAAAAUAAACAUUGUAUUGAAAAGAAGACGGUUCUACCAGUAAAGAGUUACAAAACCUGUUUCCAUUUCAAUUAAAAAAGACUGAAAGGGGAGAUUGUGUUAUAUCCUUUUUUUAUAUAAAUAUUGUUUUUGGAAGAGAGCGUUUUAAUAUGUAACAGUGCUACUGAAAAUAAAGUGUGCAGCAAUUCUUUUUUUUAAAUGUUCUGUUCUUUCUGCCCAGCACUGUGAAAGCAGUUCCGCUUUUCAAUCUUGGUAUUGCUUGAAGAAUCUUUUCACUGUGUGCUGAACCUAUAAGGCAGGGGUGUCAAACUUAGUUCCUGGAGGGCCGUAGUGUCUUCUGGCUUUCGUUCCACCCAAGCUCUCAUUUACUUAAUUGGUCUAAUUAUUUGAUUAACUGGACACAUUUAACACUUCUCUUCAGGCCUCAAAAUGUUUCAUAGGUCGUGUACCUUGAAUCAAGUGCUUUAUUAAAACCAUCAACCGUAAAAGACCUUGAAAAAUAUUAAAUACGUCACAUUUAACAAAUAAUUAGAUCAGUUAUGUUAAUUGAGAGCUUAAGUUGGAAUGAAAACCAGAAGAGGACUGGAGUUUGACACCCCUGCUAUAAGGAAUGUAUGUAGAACUGCUGUACAGUACAGAACACAAUAAAAAGGAGCCUCAUGACCCAAGUCAAGGGCCAGCAUGUUCACAUGUAAGACAGCAAGUGAAUGAGCUGAUGAACGAUGAUCACAAAAGUAGCCUUUCAGUCUGUUUUUCCCUUUAUGUAUACCUUUAUCUGUCUUUAAACGCAUUUACAUGGUGUUUUGAAGAGUUUCUUAUGCUGCGAAAAUGUAUCGAAGUAUUAAUAAAUAUCAAAAAAAAAGAGAAAA